CCGCGCGCCGCUCGCUCUCUGUGGUCCGUGGUUGAUGACAGUGGGACGAGCUCCCCCGCUGUUUAUGCUGAGCCACUCACUGAUUGGCUCAAAUCUGAGUCGACGGAGAGACAGCCAAUCCGCUGGGGUUUUACUGUAACGCGCUCCCUGACUUCUGCGAGAAGUGCGAGAUUGGAGUAUUUACAGCCCUCGACGAUGGCCAGCGGCACCUCCCUGUACAUGUGUUCUGCUUGUCGGCAGCUCUUUGCCUCCCUGGAGGAAGUUCUGGCUCACCACGUCAGCUGCCACCUCACCGCACAGAACAUCCCGACUACAACCUGUGCUCAGAGUAUGGCAGGAUUGAACCCAUCCCAACCUAUAUCAACUACCUCCUCACCUUCAAACCAGGGAGCAAACAGCAAAAUCGUCACAGGCUCCACACUUAACUUACCCAGAAGCCCAAAGAAACAAACCCAAAGAGCCUCCCCUGUUCCCCUCAUCCGCUACCAGUGUGGUGAGUGUAGCACUCUGUUCUCUUCUCUUCCUGAGUGGCAGCAGCACAGCAAACUGGGCCUGUGUUGUGCGACUGGAUCAGGAAGUGAAGAUGCAUUGAAUCCUGACACAAGUAAAGAGAGUAAAGAAGAAACGAGAGUCAAGGCUGCGAUAGAGAAGGACAGUGCUGAAGCUGAUCUGCAUAAUGAAUCAGUGACCAAAAAUGAGGAAUCCGACCAGCAGAGUAACAAACUUCAUAAGAAUCUUGGACCCCAAACAGAUGAAGCUUCUUCAGCCUCAGCCUUAGACUGUGAGCCAUUAUACUCAUCUCCAGUCACAGUGGACACAUUCCUCUGCAUGCAGUGUGGCUCAGGCUUUCAUUCAGAAGAAGCACUGGCUGCACACCGCAGCUCCUAUCACGGUCUGGAGCGCAUGCUCCAUCGCUGCUUCAUCUGCAGCCAGGAGUUCAUGAGCACUACACAGUACCUGUACCAUCGACGGCAGCACAGAGAGAAUGGAGAGGAGCUACUCAUCACAGCGGCCCAGAGCACUAACUAUGCAUCCACAGGUGAUAAUCACUCACAAGUUCCUGCCACUAUACAUCUAAUCGAGCAAGAAGUCUCCAUUCCAGAAUCUCCCCAACCUUCCUCACACCCUGUACCUUCUAACUCAACCACAGUCCCAGUAUCACCUGUACCAGAACCUGACUCCAGAGCUCCGUGCCCGAUCUGCGGCCAAGUCUUUAAGCGCCGCUGCCACAUGCGCGUCCACAUGCUCCGCCACAGCGGUCAGAAGCCCCACCGCUGCGACGUGUGCCACAAGACCUUCGCUUACAAGAGUAACUUGGGGCGCCAUCGUCAACUGCACACGUCCCGACGAGCCCAUGUGUGCCAGCGGUGCGGCAAAACCUUCGCCAAUUCGGGCACGCUCAAGAAGCAUCAGCUGGUGCAUGCCUGCGAGGAGCGUGUGUCAGAAGAAGGUGAUGGAGGAGAGUUGGAAGGGAUCAAAGUAAAAAAGAAAGAUGGUGAAAAAAAAGAGAGGGCAAGAGCACUGUUCACGUGUUCAGACUGCACGAAUAAGUAUCGCACUCGUACACAGCUCCUGGUGCACAGGUUCGUCCACACUGGGCAACAUCCUUUUCUGUGCUCCAUCUGUGGAGAGUCCUUUCCACGCAAGAAGAGUCUGGAGCUGCAUGGACUCUUUCAUCAAGGAAAGCAGCCAGUUACAUGCUCUUCCUGCUCUGACGAGUUCCUGGACCAAACUUCACUGGAUGCUCACCUACCACUUUGCAAGCAGAGGGAAGAUCCAGGUCACAAGACAGACCCGUCAGACUUAGAUGUGGCCAAGAAAAUCACUGGCGGUCGAGUCGGGCGAAGAGGAAAGCUGAUCUGUGAUCUUUGUGGUCAUCGCUGUGUUACACAGGAAGGACUAGACCUUCAUAGACUCUCCCACUCUGGACAGACUCCCCUGCGCUGCCCACUGCUGCUGUGCAAACGCCGCUUCACCUCCAGCUCCUCCCUGCAGGAACACCUGCUAACCCACGGCUCGCUCGCCACUGAAACUCACAGCACCGGAACUGACCCCAAGCCCCGCCCCUAUCACUGCCAGCAGUGCGGGAAAGCUUUCACCACUACGUCCUCACUGAACGUGCAUCUUAGGAUUCAUACUGGAGAGCGACCCUUUCAGUGUGGUCAGUGUGGGAAGCGUUUCCGGCAGAUCCCCCACCUGCGGGACCACGAGCGUCUCCACACAGGCACACGUCCCUUUGUGUGCAGCGUGUGCGACCGGGCCUUCUUGCUGGCCGCGCGUUUGGCAGAGCAUGCUCGUACCCACAGCGGAGAAAAACCCUACCAGUGCCCAGUGUGCUGUCGUGCCUUUCGCUCUCUGUCCAACCUGGGCAAACACCGCAAGACACACGGUUUAGCCUUAGGCAGUGAGCCCACCAUUACUUCAGUGGAGCUGGCAGGUGUUGAUCCGCAGGCUGGCAUGGGGACACUGUCUUCAGGUCCACCUGCUGUACACACUAUUUUGUUGGUUCAAGCUCAAGAAACCAUUCUUCAAGACGCUGGACCUGAUCCUGCUCAAAAUACCACACCUUCAACUGCACCUCUGGUCCUGCUAGAGCCUCUGCUUGGGGGAGAGGAGCAGCACGGGGACUUGGCACCUGUUCUGCAUCAUGCUAUAGAGGUGGUGGUUGCAGAAAACCAGGAAUAGAGAGUCCAUAGGCAGACCACUCUAUGAGUGCAAUCUAUGAGGAUUGUAUUUUAUAAGGCACACUAUCAAUAAACAUCUAUUUUCUGGUC